AUGAGGUGUCCUUCUCUUGCGCGGUUGCCAUACCGUGCCGUUUCUGGCUUGCCCAGAUCUGCCGUCCGUCUCCAGUCUCAGAACUUCCUUACCAGAAGAUGCGCGUCGACGGCCGUUCUCCGUUCACCCACUGCUGCCCCGGCUUAUCAGUCUAUCCUGAACAGACACCUCCAGCAAAGGAGAUAUGCCUCAGGUACUGCCGCUGCUGUUCUUGAAGCCGCUGCCUCCGACAACUUGUCUCAGGAGGCGAUCAUUGAGAACCUUGACCCUGUUGAGGCAGAACGGCUGUCCAGAGUCCGGAAUAUCGGUAUCGCUGCGCACAUCGACAGCGGCAAGACUACAUGUACCGAACGUGUCCUUUUCUACACCGGCCGUAUCAAGGCAAUUCACGAGGUUCGUGGAGGUGACAAGGUUGGCGCUAAGAUGGACUCCAUGGACUUGGAGCGUGAAAAGGGUAUCACCAUCCAAUCCGCUGCUACAUUCUGUGACUGGGUGAAGAAGGAUGAGGAUGGCAAGGAAAACAAGUACCAUUUUAACUUGAUCGAUACACCUGGACAUAUCGAUUUCACUAUCGAAGUCGAAAGAGCCCUGCGUGUCCUCGAUGGAGCGGUCAUGAUCCUGUGUGCUGUUUCAGGCGUCCAAUCCCAGACCAUUACCGUCGAUCGACAGAUGAGACGUUACAACGUGCCCAGAAUCUCCUUCGUCAACAAGAUGGACCGUAUGGGAGCCAAUCCGUUUAAGGCUGUCGACCAGAUCAACAACAAGCUCAAGAUCCCCGCCGCCGCGGUCCAGGUGCCUAUCGGUGCUGAGGACGAGUUUGAGGGUGUGGUCGAUUUGAUCCGCAUGAAGGCGAUUUACAACAGGGGACCUAGCGGUGAGGAGCUUUUUGAGACGGAGGAAAUCCCUGAGAAAGUCAAGAACAUUGCAGAGGAAAGGCGGAGGAAGCUCAUCGAAACUCUCGCUGACGUGGAUGAUGAGAUUGCUGAGCUCUUUAUUCUUGAAGAAGAGCCUACCGAACAGCAGUUGAAGGCUGCAAUCCGCCGCGCUACCAUUGGCCUGAAGUUCACUCCAGUCUUCAUGGGCUCUGCUUUGGCGAACAAGUCCGUGCAGCCUAUGCUGGACGGUGUUGUUGACUACCUCCCCAACCCUGCGGAGGUGCAAAACCUUGCCCUUGACAAGAAGCGUGAUGAGGCCUCGGUGAAACUUGUCCCCUACCAGUCCCUUCCAAUGGUUGGUCUUGCUUUCAAGCUGGAAGAAAGCAACUUCGGCCAGUUGACAUAUAUUCGUGUAUACCAAGGAACCCUCCGUAAGGGUGCCAAUGUCUUCAAUGCCCGUAACGAUAAGAAGAUCAAGAUUCCUCGCAUUGUCCGCAUGCAUUCCAAUGAGAUGGAGGAAGUCAAUGAGGUCGGUGCUGGUGAAAUCUGCGCCGUCUUUGGUGUUGACUGUGCUUCUGGUGAUACUUUCACUGAUGGACAACUUGGCUAUACCAUGUCUUCUAUGUUCGUUCCUGAGCCUGUCAUCUCUCUUUCGAUCAAGCCCAAGAACAACAAGGAUGCUGCUAAGUUCUCGAAAGCUAUGGCUCGUUUCCAGAGAGAAGAUCCCACCUUCCGGGUGACCUACGAUGUCGAGAGUGAACAGACUCUUAUCUCCGGAAUGGGUGAACUGCAUCUUGAUAUUUACGUGGAGCGCAUGCGUCGUGAAUACAGUGUUGACUGUGAGACUGGCCCACCGCAGGUCGCAUACCGCGAGACCCUCGGCAACCGGGUUGAGUUCGACCAUCUGCUCAAGAAGCAAUCGGGAGGUCCUGGAGACUACGCCCGUGUGGUGGGUUGGAUGGAACCAACCGGCAAGCUUGAUGACAACGUCUUUGAGGAGCAAAUUGUUGGUGGAAGUAUCUCUGAGAAGUUCUUGUUCGCUUGUGAGAAGGGUUUCCAUCUUGCUUGCGAGAGGGGACCUCUUAUCGGCCACAAGGUGCUUGGUAGCAAGAUGGUCAUCAAUGAUGGUGCCACCCACAUGACCGAUUCCUCUGAAAUGUCUUUCAAGAAUGCCACCCAACAGGCCUUCCGUAAGGCAUUCAUGGAGAGCAACCCAUCUGUUCUUGAGCCAAUGAUGAAGACUGUUGUGACUGCGCCCGCUGAGUUCCAGGGUGAUGUCAUCUCCCUUUUGAACAAGCGCAAUGCCACUAUCAACGAUUCCGAAGUCGGCGUUGAUGAGUUCACUGUGUACGCUGACUGCAGUCUGAACGGCAUGUUCGGCUUCAGCAGCAACCUGCGUGCGGCCACUCAGGGUAAGGGUGAAUACACCAUGGAAUUCAGCCACUACGAGAAGUGCCCUCCUCAGGUCCAGAAGGAACUGAUCGCGAAGUACCUCAAGGCGCAGGCCGACCGCCACAAGAAAUAA